GAAAUAGAAACAUUCUUUGGGGAGUUUUGGAAAGCUGUACCAGACGAGGACAGAGAUUGGUUAAGUGAGUCUCUGAAUGAUCGGGAAUACUCUGUGGGUCUAGAGGAACUUAAUGAAAACACUAAGGCAAUGCUAGACUCAAUGAAAAACUCUAUAGUGGAAUUAUUUACGGAUGAGAAUGCUACAAAAAUUGAAUUGCCAUCCUCAUGGGCUCUAAUGGAACACUUAUUAUAUGAAGGAGCCUGGAAGGUUUUGUCCCUGAGUGAAAUUUGGAAGCUCAACGCAUCUCUUCCCGAUGAAUACCAAAUCAAAAGUGACGAGGAAAUGUCUGAAUUUUUAAAAUGUUUCCAUGAUAAUGGUCUUCUUUUGAAUUUUGGAGAAACAGAAUUGAGGGAACAUGUUAUACUUGAUAUUCAGUGGCUUGCUAAUGCUUUCAGCAAGGUAAUUGCCGAUGAAAACCACAUCAAUAAAGAUUGUAAAAGGAAAUUAGUUAAAGAGUGGAAAUCCUUCAACAAAACGGGGGAACUUAAAAAUAAAGUGAUAGAUGCUUUGUGGAAAGAUGAACCCUCUUACUCGAAACACAAAAGUGAAAUUAUGCCGUACAUGGAGAAACUUCAAAUGCUGGUACCUUUGAAUUCAUUUGAGGCUGUAUCAGAAGGUGGCAUGUCAUGGUAUGUCCCAUGUAUGAACAAAAAGCAGUUUAAAGCUGACUUUUUUGAAGAUAAGUGGGAAUGCUCAUCCAUUUUGUGCUAUCGAUUCAAUUCCUUUGCCAUGUUUGUGUUCUACAGACUGGUAGCAUACUGCAUAAGUUUUCUAAGAUGGAGUGUUGCAAAAGAUGAAGAUAAUGAAGGAAGUCCAUGUCUUUAUCAAACGGCGGCAGUGUUUGAUCAUAAUGAACACACUGUUGUUGUUGGCAUAUGUAAUGACGAUAUUCAGUUGCAAGUGCUGAGAAUCAAACCGUUGACAAUAGACAAAGAAGUAUCAAAUGAAAUUGGAGACUCCAUUGAUAAAGCAAUAGAAAAAUUGACAGAAACAUUUAUUGGCACAAAGAUAUUCCUCAGAGGAUUCAAAUGUAAAAAUAUUAUUUGUGAUGAGAGAGAUCUAUCUUUCACCCUUGCAAGUGAGCUGUCCAAAAUCAAAGCUGAAGAAACACAGUGCAAGUGUCAACUUAAGAAGAAACAUAUGAUAAAUGUACAGAUGACAGUGAGUUUUUGGGAAAAGGUAAAAAUGAGUGUUCCUAAAACUCCAGUGGCCUCCGGUGGACAUGACCUUGAGGGACGAUCGAGAUUCGCAAAACUUGGAAUGGCAACAAACGAUGUCUUAAAUCAGGCAUACAGAGAUAUACUAGAGAUGGAAGUGCCUCCAUCCGAUAUUGAAAAGAAAGCUAAAGCAUCAGCGGUUUACAAAAGAUUGCGCCCAGAGCAAGAACAACUCUUGCUAGAUGCUAAGCAUUCAGGAUAUAAAAGCUUUGACAUUUCUUUAACAUACACAUUAAUCCGAAACAUUUGUUCAAAGAUCCCCAAGCCAACAAAAGGAAGGUGGGGAGAAGAGCCAGCAGCAGGAGAGGUGACAGUGGGUGAUGACAUCGAGAGAAUUAGGUCAAUACGAAACAGUUUGACUGCACAUGUGAGUACAGCCUCCACCCCUCAGACAGAAUUCGAUGAUACCUGGACAACGAUGUCUGAUAUCUGCCAAAGAUUGGAAACCUUCACUAGGAAGAAGUACUCAGAUAACCUGAAGAGUAUUUAUAAACUGGCUUUAAAAGAUGAAGAUGCUAUGUUGAAGAAAGUCAUGUCAAUUAUGCAAAAAUUAAUUUCAGAUAUGCAAGAAUUAACUCAGAUGUGAAAAAAUUAAAGCAAAAUUGAUGCCGUACAGGCAGUGCUGCCGAAAUUAAAUUUUUAAUGUAUCGAACAUGCAUGUAUGCAGAGUGACUAGAUGAAAAAUCAAAAUUUUAGAAAGCGGCAGGGACCAUUUGAGAGGAGAUGGGCGAGCAAUAGGUGCAGUCAUUUAAAAAAAAUACCCACAAUGAUUUUGGAUUCAUAACCCUUCAAUCAAUAUUCAGUAUCGUAUAAGUGGAAUUUUUAGCAAGACGCAAAUUUAGCGAUUUGUCCUUAAGAAUUGGUAUUUUAUUUUUAGCGAGAUGUAAUUUUAGUGAUUGUAAAAAGUUAUUUUUAGAAGCUAUUGCAAAUAAGCGCAAUUAAUUUUUAGCGAUACUGAGUAUUCAAUUUUAGCUAUCUUUAAACCCUUGGUAAUAAUGCCAAAAUUAAAUCCUCGCUAGAUGACUGCUCAUGAGGUAUAUGUUUUGUAUUCCUUUUGGAUAACUGAUUUAUUGAGUUUAUAUAGUUUUUCAUCUGUAGACAGCCUUCAGAAUCGCGCACUAAAGGUAUUGUUAUAGGAUUAAACAGGAUUUACUUCCCCUGUGACUUUAAAUGACGCUUUUAAAUGGCUCCCAAAUAUAGAAUUAAUGAUUAAAUAUGUUCUGGAUGGGGAACUGUUUGAUCAUGAUGGAUAAGGACGGACUUACCAAAAAGCAUUCCACUGGGAUUACAAUAAUUAUGGUGCUCAAAACAUUGAACCUAAUGUGAGAAACUGGACAUUUUAUGUGCUUCUUAUCCAGCAAUUGCUAGAAAUUGAAGAAAUUGAAAGGAGGCUAUGCAAAUAAACCGAGAAAUAUGGAAAGAAGGCUUACCAAAAUAGAGAACAGAUCUAUAUAACAUUUUUAACGAAACAUGAGAUUGGCGUCCAACUCUCAGACAAAAUUCAAUGACAGUGGGCCUUGUGCAUAUGAAUUCUGUGCAGUCGCUAUUUUUAUGGAAUAUCACCCGCAGUCAAGCAAUGUUACCGUUGCUACGUUGGAGAUAAUGGCUUCAUCAUUGAUCGGAUAAUAGUGCUUUUAACAAAUGUAUAGCAUUUAAUCAAAAUCAAUUAAUUUACAUGAAAGUAUAAUGUUAUAGAAUUGUUAAAAUCCAAACAGGUUUAGAGACAAUCAAAUGAAAUGUCCAAGAAGUAAAACAGUAAUCAACCGUAAUAAAGGAGCUACAGAUUAGGAGCUUGUAGGUUAUUGUGUAGAAUAUUAAAGAAUUGUAUGUUUCACUUAAUCUUAUAAGAAUGGAGAGUGCUGGAGAGUUCAUUUUAUGUGAAUGUGUAUCCUAUACUGUUUGUUCCUAUUUUAGAGUGAAUGUGUAUCCUAUACUGCUUGUACCUAUUUCAGAGUCGCUGCAAAAGUUCAAAUUUGUAUGGAAGUGUCGGACAAGAAGGGAAUAUGUUCAUUCUCGAUUGCAUAUUUUUAAAACACAGAUUAGCGAUCGACCUUUGUUGCUUGUGUUGAUAUGUUUAUUUCAUUUUGCUUUUGUUUUGUAAACUUAAUAUCCAGUGGGAUCAAAGUAUUACAAAAUGUUACUUGUUUAUUUGAAUAUACACGUAUUUUAUAUUCUUAUUAGUACACAGAUUUGCGAUCCUAAUUUGUUGCUUGUGACAAUAUGUUUACUUCAUUUUACUUAUGUAUUGUGUACUUUACAUCCAACAUUCUUCAACUAAUUGACAGAAUGUUUUAUGAUAGUACAAAAAUAUACACGGAUAUAAUUACAUGCCUCUUUGGGCCUCUACUGAAAACCUUGGAGCUUAAAAUGUUGACAAGCUCACUGAAACGACAGUGAAUAAGGACAGGGUCACUUUGUUGAUCCAUCUGUAUGUGAAUCAGCAAUCAAAUCAAUAUACUGAAUAUUUUUUUCCACCUGUUAGACUUAGAUUUUUUUGGACUCACGGGAAUAACAAUGCCAGUAUACUGUACCUGUCCAUAUACAUCCAUCAAUUAUUUUUCUAAAAUCACAAAUCUUCAUAUAUUUAUUAAUUAUACUUUAAGUGAAUAGAUACUAGACAAAUUUUGACAUAUUCAGUAAUUGCAUUAUGUACAUAAAUUUAUAUGUAGGCAUAUUGAGCAGUGAGGGAUCUUUUUCGUUCUAGUGCCUUCUAUAACACGGGACUUCGGUUUAGAUACGGUCUCAUUUAAAGGGCUAAUCUCAUCUGUAUGACCAGUCUUUAAAGGAGCAUAGACACAGUUCAGCUAAAAAAAAUAUUUAACCAAGGUCUAUCUAAUGAUCAUAAAAAAUUUGAACUUCAUUUGUUGAGAUACAAGACAGAUUUAGAGCUCCAAACCUUGGUUAUGUAAACAGAGUUCGUGUCAUGUUUUGUUUACAUAGAUUAAUAUACUAAUAUAUGUUCGUUUAAGGGUCCUCCACACCAUGUGACUUGUGACGUAUAUAGAGAAAGAUACUUUUACUUCCGGUUUUAUAGAAUUUAUGCAUGAACGAUUUGGCCUAGCACCG